UUGUGUGCGGAAGUGGUUCAGGGCAAAAGGCAAAAGAGGAAAUGUAACUGCGGUUACAGACCCAGAAACCUCUUUAAAACUAUCUGAUCAUUAAGUGCAGUUUUAAUUAAUACUUUUUAAUAAGUCUGUAAAAAGUUUUCCAUGUAACUCAGGUAAAAAUUCAAUCAGGAUGCCGAGGAGUGCGACAGACAGAGCAAGUUUCGGUCGCUCGUAUUCCUCCGAGGAUUUCCAACAAACAGACUCUUAUGAAGUGAGACCCGGAGCGGCUGCCAUGUCCGCAGAGGGACCCGGUGGGACUCCAGCACCGGGUCGGCCUGUCAGCUCCAGGAUCGGCCCCAAACAGUGGUCCUACACGGCGCUGUCAGUGCUCGGCUCUGCUGUGUCUGUGUCUGCUGUCGGCUGUCUCUGCGCCCUCAUCUACCCGAUACUCAAAGAGCUGCGUGCUGAGAGAGUGAGAGGAGACGAUGGGACUGAACAGAGGAUGUUAGGUUUCUGGAGUAUCUCCGUGCUGUCUUUAUUAGCAGGAUGUGCCUGCUGUGUCUUCUCAUGGAGUCUAACCUACCUGAACUCACACCAGCCGAGCAGAGAGUCCCCGACACACCUGCUGAAACCUGCAGACAUCAGAGAUAUAUCUGCUCCUGGUUUCCACAUGAGUUACGGCGUCGCAGUCCUUAACGGCAUCAUGGCGAUGCUCACCGUCAUCUGGAGCCUCACCUGACACACACACACAAAUUAUAUGUAAUAGUUCUGUAAUAAAAUGUCCCAAAACAAACUCAA